AUGGACUAUAAAUAGCUUGUUAUUUAUAUAAGAGAAGAUGAUGAACUUGAAACAAUAAAGAAGACUGAAAACGAAGAUAUUGUUCCAUAAUUGAAUUAAUAAACUAAAUAAUCUUGUUAAAUUAGUAGGAAUAUAAAAAAAGGUUUAUUACUUUGGAAAGAAUUUUACAAAUAAGAAUUAAUUAAAAACAAAAUCAAAAAUCCAUAUGCCACUCAUAAUGAAUUAACUUCAAUUAUUUCAUAAAAAUGGAAAAGAAAGAAAAAACAUAAAAAGAUUGUUAAUAAAUUAAAAUUGAAAAUAAAACAAGAAAAUAUAACUGAAUUAACUAUUUAAGAUAAUAAUGUUGAGCAAAUAUCAAUUAAUAAUAAAUAAAAAGAUGAAAUUAUUGAAAAACUCAGAACUUAAACAUUUAAAUUAAUUUACUUAAAUAAUAUUUGUGAACUCAAAGGAGAAAUCAUUUUAGAAGCAAUAAACAAUAAUAUGUAAUUCAUCUACAUAAAUAAAUCAUAUGAGAAUAAUUAAUAAGAUAUUGAAGAUUUCAUUAACUCUAAAAUAAUAUAAAACAAUUAGGAAUCUCAAGAAAACAAAUAAGUGGAUAAAAAAAAGGAUUCAGAAGAUGAACCUAUAAUUGAUGAAAAUGAGAGAAGCUUUAAAAUUAUAAAUAAAAUCAUGAAUUAUUUAUGA